AUGGCUGGCUUUGCGGAUCCACAGUCCCUGGGGGACCUCUCCUCCAUCAUUGAGCGCACACUCCUUGAUACCGGUCGUGUGUUUCGCAAGUCAGGUUCCAUGCCAUCUAGGGCCCAUAUACAGCGGUCUCUUCCUCUUUACCAUGAGAGCUUCCAAAUUGCCUUAGAUAACCUGUCAGAACAAAUCUUUAUCGCCAAAGCGUUCCUGGAGAAAGACUAUGAGGCGCUGAAAGCUACCAGCGCUCCUCAGCCCAUUGAAGAUGUGGCUAUGAGCGAUGUCAACCAGAGAGUAGAGCCUGAGCUUGAUGUUCUAGCCGAGAAAGCCGAGUCUAUCACGGACACUGAGCAACCGGCGCUUAAGUUAGAGGAGGGGAUCUCGGUUAAACAGUCGACACCAGAACCCAAACCCGACCUCCAAAAUGACCAUGUCGUCGUCAAAGAGGAAAGUGAAAGUAAAGCACCCGACUCAGCAUUUCCCGGCACCAACGAAGAGCUCAACUUUGACUCAGUUCUCAACACGAGCAGCACCAAUGACUUUGAUCUCAGUCUGGACUUUAACGAUAAUGACAUGGGCAAUCAAGCCUUUCUGUCAGGAUCCAACUUUGCGGGCGCGGGCGCCACGGGAACUGCCGAAAAGCCAAAUACAUCACAAGCACAGCCGAUGGAAGCUACCGCCUCCACUGGCGGUGGUGCAUUUGAUAUGGAGCUGUCCAAAACAGAAGGGGAUGAUAAUUUCCUCCAAGGCAAUGCUACGGAUGAUUUCAUGGGGCCGGCCGAAUCUAACUUUGACGACCUGUUCAUGGACACCGAGAAUUUCGAAGACAACGGCGGCAAUUUCAAUCAGCUUGAAGGUGACACUCUAAUGAAUGUCAAUGAGCUGGAUGACAAUUGGUUCAAUUAA